AUGGCGACCGAGCUGGAGGAGCUAUUGGGCUUUCUCUCUUCCCCUUCUCCACCUAUUAAAAAGGCGGCUGUUAAUAUUGUUCGGGAUUAUACGGGAUCUGAGGAUGGGUUGCGGUCUCUUGGCAAGUACUCCAAUGUUGUCUUGCCUUCGUUGUCUCGUCUUUUAUCUGAAGAAAAGGAAGUUUCAGAACCUGCAGCAGAAGCUCUUGUAAAUUUGUCACAAAAUUCAGAUUUAGCAAGAAGGAUGGUAGAAAUGGAUAUGGUCAGAAAAGUGAUGGAUAAUUUGUACAGGAAAGAUUGUGACAUUACUGGGCUGCUAGUUAUGCUCCUUGUCAAUCUCACACAAUUGGAUGCUGGUAUUGAUUCUUUGCUUCAGCACGGAGAUGAUAAGAUGCAUGGUUUGUAUGUCAUGAAGCUGGUGAGAUCAUUUUGUACAUCAUCCAGUGAGAAACAAGGUGAGUUUAUUAGUCUUUAA